AUGUCAUCAUCAACGGCAUCGAAGCGUGCAAUUUCCAACGCAUGUCGCUAUCCGCAAUCUAAUAAUCAUCAUGACAUUUUUCUUAAUAACUCUUCAUCUUCUUCGAUUACAGAAGGUGAAGGUGACGUAAAAACAUACGAUGACACUAUGCCUAAUAAUGAAUUAGGUGAGCCGGAUAAACGUAAAAAUCCUCUUACAAAUGGGCAUCAUUCAUCGAUGAAUAAUCAAAAUAGUAAAAAAGAUAUUGGUGCUCCGAUGAUCCAAGAAUUAAUUCAAUCUAACAUGGAUCUUAAAAAAGAGAUUCGUGAAAUCCGACGACAAAUAAAGAAUAAUAACGGAGCAAGUAAACAACGUAUUGAUCGAGCAAUGACCAAAGCAAGUAGUUCGAACAAAAUGAAUACCUUGGAUGAUGAUGUUUGUUCAUUUGUACCUUCUGAGCGUGAUUAUUACGAUGAUCAAUCUACAACAAUAUCAAAAUUACAACAAUAUAAAACAGAAGCAACGGUUUAUAAGCAACAACUUGAUACAUGUCAAGAGACAAUCGCUCAACUUCGAAAGACAAUUGAGUCAAUGGAAAGACGCAUUGAACAAGUACGAAUAAUCGAACGUCGACAAGUGACAAAUGCAUCUGAUCCAAAUGAGAAUUAUUCAACAAAUACGAAUAAUAAUACAGAUCAUCGAUUCAUCCACGAACUAUUUCAUUUAUGUAUUAAACAUGCACCACGAUCGUCAAAAUCAAAAACAGCGAUUCCCAGUCAUCAAGAUAUGAAAACAUUUAUAAGACAAACAUUUCAUGAUUUUAUCACAACACCCGCACCCGCACCCGCAAUUAAGAUAGGCGCCAACAAAAAUCAUGAAAUCGGUCAUUUUAUUUGUAAAUGUUCAGAUCGAAUUCAUGCUGAACACCGUCCGACCUAUCAAUAUUGCCUGACUAUGAUUGAACAAUGUCAGUCUCUAUUUGAUGUAACAUGUUUUACACAAUUACCAACAGCACUUAAUGAAUUGUAUUAUCGACAUGGUGAAUUAACAAAUUUUAAACGAUCCAUUGCAAGUACACUUGGUAUUACAGAAAACUCAAGAUUGGUUAGUUGUCCAAAAUUAAUUAAAACCUUACAACAAACACUUGAUGAUACAAAAUCAAAUGAAUUAGUUACAUUUAAGAAACUGGCAAAAAUUAAUGAUAUGAAUGAAGCUGUUUCAAAAAUUCGUUCCUAUGAUGAUUUCGUCCCUUAUUAUCAUCAAUUCAUUGAACAAAUGGCUAGUUUACUAGAAGUGUCAAAAGGAGAUGAAAUAAUGCCAGCUAUAAAAACGCUUAAGUUACUCGCACAUGGCGAAAGUGAUCGGCCUGAUAGUAGUUCUCGACGAUCUCAUUCAUUAAUGCGUGCAUCAUCAUUAAAUUCACAUAGAAUUCCUCUUGAAAAAAAUUUAACGCAUUCAAAGUCACUUCGAAUACUAUCAUCUAAGUCGGAUAUUGACGAAUCAAAUGGUAAACAAUUACAGAGUUUUCAAAACCAAAAUGAAGAGAGUGAACAACAUGCAGAUACAGAUGACGGAGAUUCUUAA